AUGGUACUCGUGCUCCUCCUCUUCGCCUCGGUGACCACGGGUCUAGCGUUGGCCGCGUACGCGCUCUUCGCUCGUUUCUCCGAGCACGACCCCCGAACGGACGCCAAGCUGUCCAGCUUCGGAGACUUCCGGUCGUACGCCGCCGUCACGGACGCCAUCCAGUGCGCCCCGGUUACCAGGUUCGUAUUUGAGCGAAACGGAUCUGUUGCCGACGCCGCCAUCGCCACUUUACUGUGCGCGUGCGUCGUGCUGCCGCAUUCGGUCGGCCUGGGAGGCGGCUUUAUCGCCCUCAUCUACGACAAGAAAUCAAACGCGACGCACGUGCUAGAUGCCCGCGAGGUGGCGCCGAUGGCGGCGAGUCCAGACAUGUUCAUCCAGAACACAGAGGAGGCCCUCGUCGGUGGUCGUGCCGUGGCCGUCCCCGGUGUGGUGCACGGGCUGGGCGAGUUGCACCGCCGCUUCGGGCGCCUUCCCUGGUCUGAGCUGUUCACUCCCGCCGUGAACCUGGCACGCUACGGCUUUUCCGUCGGGCCAGACCUGUCCGCCGCACUCGCGGCCGCCAGAAUCAUGUUCCAGACGAACCUCCCCAUCAAGAACGUCUUCUGGAACAACAGCUCGAACACGCCGUUCCGGGAGGGCGACAUGAUGAAGCAGCCUCUGCUGGCCAAGACGCUCGAGCUCAUCUCCAACACGAGCGCGAGUGCCUUUUACCGGGGAAGUCUGGCGAGGAAGCUUGUCGGCGACAUGAAGAGGAUGGGCGGCAUCAUUUCGGGCCACGACCUGCACUCUUACUUUUCCAAGUGGCGCGAGCCCUCGGAGGCGUGGCUUCCAGACGGGUCCCGGCUGCUCAGCUCCCCAGCCCCGAGCAGCGGUCCCAUCCUAUUGUACGUGGUCGCCAUGCUGAGCCAGAUGAAGGCCCCCGGCUCGGAGGCCCUGCUGUACCACCGCCUCGUCGAGAUGUACAAGUACGCGUACGCAAAGCUCAACGAACUCGCCGACGAGGACUUCGCCAACGUCACUGUGCAUGUGCACGACCUGCUGUCUGCCGAGCACGUGCGCAAGACGCUGCGGCUGAUCGACGACGAGCGCACGUACGACGACCCCCGGCACUACGGCCUGCACCGGCUCGGGGCCACGCAGCACGGGUCGUCGCACUUCUCCUUCCUCAGCCCCACGGGGGACGCUGUCUCGCUCACCAGCUCGCUCGGAGAAUCCUUCGGGGCCCGUUGCAUCGCGUCCUCGCUGGGCGUGAUCCUGAACAACCACAUGUCCGAGUUCACAUUGCCCCGGCCCCAGCCGCUCGUCCUGGGCUACACGCCCAACGAGAACAACUACAUCUCGCCGGGCAAGCGGCCCGUCACCACCAUGGCGCCCAGCCUGCUACUCGAUCGCCGAGGGGACGCCGUGCUGGUCAUCGGGGCCUCGGGGGGUGCCAGGAUCGUCAGCUCAGCAUCCUUCGUGAUGCACAACAUCCUGUGGAGAGACAUGAGCCUCCGAGACGCUGUCGAGGCGCCGAGGCUCCACCACCAGCUGCUCCCCAACGACGUCGUCUACGAGCACAAGUUCUCUGAGGACGUUUUGGAAGAGCUGCGGCGCAAGGGCCACGUGCUGAAGGCCAUCGACCGGCGUCCGGCCUCUGUCAACGCCAUCGCCAAGUCGCAGGACCGCGUCAUUUACGCCGCCGCAGACUUCCGCAAAGGCGGCAUCGUGGACGGCUUGUGAGACGUCGGGCCGGACUUGCUGGAAACGGCGCCUUUGAAUGACUGCGUGGAAGAAAGCCUGCCAAGCCUGGGGGCGUGCUCGCGCGUGAGGUUCGGCUUCAAGUGUCACUCAAAUCGUGCGUUAGCUUUUUCAAUGCUUUCUUUCAUGCAGUCUAGCUCAGACUCUGUUUCUAUAGCAAGUCGGCAAAGGAACCAGCAAGAUCGGGUGCUCCCCGCUGGUACCGGAACUGACCGCACUGGUUCCAGGGCGCUGCAGUCAUUUGGACUGGAACUGCUUCCGCCAAUUCGGCAGUUUCCUAUCUUUUCUGCUUUCUAGAUUUUUUUUAUUGCUUUCUUUUUAUUUAGUAGGACAUAAUAUAGGACCCAUGGAAAUUUAUAUUUCUAAUUCUUGCAAU